AGGCGGCCGGGCGUGGUGCUGGCCACCCACCCCGUCGUGUGCCUUUCCGGCCUUCAUAGGUGCUACUCGCUAACAGCUCUUGCCCCAACAGUCUUUUUAGGCUAUACGGGGGGAUCUUUGCCUUUGUUCGCAUGCUCAAGCCUCCACAAGUCCUCACAGCUACACCACCUCCGCAGGCUUGCUACAGCAAAGAAAAACGCCGGCGGCGGCCGACGGCCGACGGCCUCAGCCCUCGGACGGCACGGCCCCGCGGACAUGGCCGGCGCCGGCUGGACCUCCCAGCGGUUCCUCAAGAGCCAGCGCGAGCGACUGCCUCGCGCGAUGGCGCCCUGCGUCGCCAGCGUCCUCGACUCGAUGGUGGCGUGGGGCUUCAUCAACCACGAGGAGCACGAGGACGUGGAUUACCGGCGGCCCACCGAGGCCGCCCGCCAUCUGCUCACGAUCGCCGAGGGCAAGGGCGAGGAGGUGGAGCAGGCUCUGCUGCUGGCGCUGUGGGUGCGCGGCUGCGUUGAGCCGCCCGCCGAGAUGCGGGCGCCGCUGGUGGCGCUGCGGGACGAGCUGGAUGCCCGGUGCGCCGCUUGCGUGGGAGAAGAUCCGGAGGCGAGGCUCAGGAGGAUCCGGCCGGCGCUGGUGGAGAGCUUUGACGACGUCGGGAAGGUGGUGGAGGAGCUGGUGCAGCAGGGGGCGCUCAGCGCGGAGGACCACGAGAAGAUCCUGCUGCCCUCCUACACGAGGCCCGAGCAGGUCCGAACCCUGCUCAAUUUACUUGAUGCCAAGGGCCCGCAAAGCGCGACGGCCUUCCUGAACUUGGUCGACGUGGAGAAGAUCACCGAGCAGGGACCGUUGAAGCCCCCAGUCCACGCCUUCCGGCGCAAGCUGCAGGACCACCACGAGACGAGCUCGCGCCACCUGCUCGCGUACAGCCGUCGCGAGCACGCCCUCCUGGACGACGUCUACGUCGAGGUGCAGCUGCAGGCGCUGAUGCAGCCGGGCCGCCCGUCGGAGAGCGUCACCCUCGACUCGCUGGCUCGGGGCGAGUGGACGAGCGACCGGGAGCGGAAGGACGUGCUGCUGGUGACGGGAGACGCCGGCAGCGGCAAGACCACGCUGCUGCAGAGGCUGACGGGCGAGUGGUCCCGCGGCAGGCUCCUGAGCUGCUUCGAGCUGGUGUUCGCCUUCGGCUGCGGCCAGCUGAACGUCGUGAAGAAGGAGCUCUCGCUCCGGGAGCUGCUCUUCAACCACUGCUGCAGCCCCGGCGACGGCGGCGGCGGCGGCCUCGACGUUGUCGUGCGCUACAUCGCCGGCCACCCGGAGAAGGUCCUCUUCUGCUUCGACGCCAUCGACGAGUUCCGCGAAGACUUCCUGGCCGAGGGCCGCGUUUGCGCGUCGACGGAGGAGCCCGUCCCGAUGGCCGACCUCCUCAAGAACCUCCUGCAGGGCAACGUGUUGAGGGGCUCGAAGAAGAUCGUGACGGCCCGGACGGGCGCGUCCCUGCAGCCGCUGGACGUGCACGUGUGCAGGAGGGUGGCGAUCGCGGGCUUCUCCGACGACGCCGUCCUGCGGUACCAGCAGAAGUUCCACAGUGAAGAGGGCGCCAGGAGGAACGCGUGCGAGCUCAUCCGGACCAACCCGGACAUCCGGAGCCUCUGUCAGGUGCCGCUCUACUGCUGGAUCGUCUCCAAGUGCUACGACAGGAUCGGCGGCCGCGGCGGCGUGUCCACCGUCACCGAGAUCUACCUGUCGAUGCUCGAGGUGUUCCUGACCCGCGGCGAGUCGAAGGCGGCGCCGACGAGCCGGGCGACGCUCUUCCGCGCCAACAGGGACGCGCUUCUGCGGAUCGGGAAGCUCGCGCACGUCGGCCUGCUCGCCGCGCGGACGUCGUUCACCACGCCCGACCUCGACGCCUGCGGCGUGACGCAGCGGGACCUGGCCCUCGGCGCGACGGUCCACACCCGGCGGUACUUGGGCUUCGGCGAGGGCGACGUGUUCGGCUUCGUGCACUUCACGGUGCAGGCGCUCUUUGCGGCGCUGUACGCGGUCGCGGGCGCCGAGCUGGGGCCCGACGCGCUGCUCGCCCACUUCCCGAACGCCGUGCGGCCCAAGGCGGUCAGGCGGGCGGUCGGCGCGCUCGGCUCGUGCGUGGCCGCGGCGGCGGAGGCACCGCCGGGGCCCGGCGCCGCGCCUAGCCGGCCCCUCGCGGGCAGCGGCGGGGCCAACCUCCGCGCCGUGUGCCAAUUUGCGAGCGGCCUGCUUUCCAAGAGGCACGGCGAGCUGCUGGCGUGCCUGGCGGACAAGGCCUCCGUGCGGCGCAAGCGGGCCGCCGUGAGGAAGCAGCUGAGGCGCAGCGUCAAGGACCACGUCCGCAGGCUGGACGACCGCGACGGGCACCUGACACCGGAUUUCGUGUGGGUGCUACGCUGGCUCUUCGAGUUCCAGGAGGAGAAGGUGGCGCGUAAGGCGGCGCGCGACUUUGCGGGCGGCCACGUGAAGCUGAACUACACGUCGCUGGGCCCGGCGGACUGCACCUGCCUGUCCUACCUGCUGCGCCACCUGCCUCGGCCCGUCAUCGCGGAACUCGACAACAACUUCAUCGGAGACCUAGGCCUGCAGCAGCUGCUGCCCUGCAUCGGAAAAUUCUCCGAGCUCAGACUCAGCAUCAACAGGAUAACGGACAGAGGCGUCGACAUCCUGAUUCCUGAACUGAUAAAGCACAACAUCGUCACCUUUCUGGGGCUCUAUAAAAACCAACUCACGGACGAGUCGACCCCUUUGCUUGCUGAGCUCGUCACCAAGAGCAGCCACCUCAAGACGCUCGCGCUGGGAGAAAAUCGCAUCACCGGUGACGGCAUGGUCCCCCUCGCCAACGCCAUCAAGCACAGCAAGUCGCUCAAAUUAAUCCUCCUUUGGGGAAAUGCAGUUGGGGACAGAGGAGCGGAGUGCCUGGCGGACGCGCUGGAGGUGAACGCCACACUCGAAUUCAUCAGCUUGGUGAGCAACAAAGUGGGGCACGCCGGGGUGGCGCGGUUGGCCGAUGUCUUGCACAGGAACAGCACUUUAAAGACCCUAUGGUUAGGUGAGAACGAUCUGGGCGAUGAAGAAGCUUUCCUGUUGGCCGAUUGUCUCAAAUCCAACAAAGGUCUCAAAGAACUCUGGCUGAACAAGAACAAGAUCACGAUGUCGGGGGCGCGCGCUCUGCUGGACGCGUUGGAGGACAAUGCGACCGUCGAGAAAGUGAUUGCGUCAAAAUGCCCUCUCGGAGGAGGAGUACAAAGAAGUGCUCGCGAAGGACCAUCGGAUGGACUGAACCUCCUCGUCUUAUCUCGAAGGAAUUUUACACGGCGCAUUAACCAAGGCGCUCUGCACAGAAUUAACGACGGUACAACAACGUGUGAAUGUAGCGGUGGAAAUGAAGCGAAUGAAAUGGAUGAGAGGAAGCAAUGGGGGGGGGGCGAAUCUGUGAUGGUGAUGCGUGGCUUCGGUGAAAGCGAAAUUGAUGGCAGUAAAUGAUAUUGAAUGGAUUGAAUGAGUGAUAGCCGCGUAAUGAGAACAUGAAGAGUCGUGGGUCGAGCUAGGGAACAAUGCGUGUGAGUUGUGAGCGAGGAGCGGAAGCUUAGUGAACGAAGGUGACCGCUUAAUGUGGAGGGGGAAAUUUGUUCCGGUGAAGGGGGGGGGGGGGGUGAGAUGAGAGAGCGGGCGACUACGUGGAUUGAGCACGAGGAGGAGGAGGAGGAACGGAGAGACAGCAAAGAUUGAGAACGUAACUUACGGAGGAUACAACAAAUACGAUAUUAGGAAGCCACUUUGAACUUAUGCACUUUUAAAUCGACGAGAUUGAAAACUCAUUUCCUUAGAACUGCUUUUUCGUGUUUAGUUUGUUGUCCUUCCCCACGCACCUCCGAUUAGCGAGGUUGGCUACGUACGGCGCGAAAGAAGUUCAGCACGCUUACGUACGCACGGAUCGUGCGAAACUGCGUGUAACCUAUGCAAUGAAGAUGUAAUUAUUGUUUCCCGACACCAGGGGUCGGCAGCCAAAAUAAGAAGAAGGGCCAUCUUUUGUUCGAGUUCGCCCAAAUAAAACUCGAGCGCCGCAAUGCACCGUGACGAAUACGAGACGGUUGGGGUCCUUGAUGAACGUCGUCACAGGAAGCGGUCCUUAAAGCAGCCGCGUGCGGCUCCGGUGCCGCCGGUUGCCCCGACCCCCUGGUCUAGACAGUGUGUAGAGUAGGGUGGCAAUCAGAAUUUGAAGGUUGUUAUUUUCAAGGUUGACGGCCGCCUUGAUUUUCAUUCGUUCGCCUGUUAAAAAUGAAGCACAAAGGUGUCUCCCGAGGCGCAUGGGCAUGGGGGG